AUGUCUCUUUUUGAGGGUCUGCUUUUUUCAGCGGCGUCUCUCCCCGAAACGUACCUUUUCUUUUCUUUACCUUUUCUUUUUUCCUUCCCGACUUUCUGUGAGCGCGUCUAUAACAAUGUCCUUAUUAACAUCAUUCCCGCCGUUCACUGCCUUUCUAAAAAUGAUUUAUCCUCUCUUUCUCUCUGUCUCCAUCUUUCAUUGGCUUUAUUUCUCUUUAUCUCUUAUAUGAAUUCUUUCUUUUCUUUCUCUCUCUUGCUUUCUCGUUCUUUCUUUUCUCUCUCUCCCUCUCUCUUUGCUUUCCUAUUACUCCCUCCCCCUUUUCCCUUUCAAUCUAUCAUGUUACUUUCAUUCUAUUUCUCUUGCAUUCUCUCUCUUUUCUUUUCUCUGCCUCUCUCUUUCUCAAUCUCUUAUCAUGUUAUCGCUUUCUUUCUCUCUCUUAUUUUUCUUUUAUUUCUCUUUCUCUCUAUAUUAUAUUCUCUCUCUCUCUCUUUGUCUCACUGUGAUCGCCAUUCUAUCUCUUUAGCUUUCUUUUUCUUAUUCUUUUGCCUCUCUGCUUUUCUUUCUGUCAACCUCUAUAUCUUUAUAUCAUUCUGCUUCGCGCUUUCUUUCUUUCUUUCUUUUCUUUAUUUCUCUCUCAGUAUCACGACCUUUUUCUCUCUUUCUUUUCUCUCUCUUCCAUUCUUUUCCCUCUCCUUUCAUAUAAUUCUCCAUUUUUUUCUUUCUUCUGAUUUCUUUUUCUUUCUCAAGUUAUACUUCUUUUGUUUUUCUCCCUCCCAUCUCUCUCUAAAUCUCUUCUCUCUUUCACUCACUCUCCAACAUACCCCUUAUAUGCUAUCCGCCUUCCCUCUCUUUUUCUUUGAUUCUUGUACUUUCGCUUUGUUUUACUUUUCUCUACAUCUAUCUAUCUAUCUAUCUAUCUAUCUAUCUAUCUAUCUAUCUACUAUCUAUCUAUCUAUCUAUCUAUCUAUCUAUCUAUCCGUGUAUUCAUAUCUAUCUAUCUAUCUAUCUAUCUAUCUAUCUAUCCGUGUAUUCAUAUCUAUCUAUCUAUCUAUCUAUCUAUCUAUCUAUCCGUGUAUUCAUAUCUAUCUAUCUAUCUAUCUAUCUAUCUAUCUAUCUAUCUAUCUAUCUAUCUAUCUCUGUCACUUUGCUAUCUUUCUUCUCACUAUUUCUUUUGCUUUCUUUGUCGUUUUAUCAUUAACACAAUUUUUCUUUCUCUCUCACUUUAAAACUCAUUUCAUUUUCUUCUUCAUUUUUCUCUCCCUUUUCGCUUGA